CUCGAAGAGGCCCCGCUCUUCCGGGAAAAUGGCGGCUCCCGCUCGUACCUCGGAGUCCACGCCGGCGGCGGAUCCGGCGCCAGCAGCGGGGGCUGCCGAGGGAGCCGAGUGCCCGCCGCCCCGCCAGCCGCAGCCCCCGCAGAAUGUCCUCGCUGGCCCGCGGCUUCGAGCCCCAAGUUCCCGAGGACUUGGGGCGGCGGAGUUUGGCGGAGCUGCGGGAGAUGUUGAAGCGCCAGGAGAGACUUUUGCGCAACGAAAAAUUCAUUUGCAAAUUGCCCGACAAAGGUAAAAAGAUCUUAGACUCUGUUGCCAAACUGAAAGCUGCCAUUGCAGAAUGUGAAGAAGUUAGAAGAAAAAGUGAACUGUUUCAUCCUGUUAGUUUAGACUGUGAGCUAAAGCAAAAAGCAAUUGCAGUUGUUGAUGUGGACACAGAUAAGGCCCAGAAUUCUGACCAGGUACUUGAUACUUCAUCACUAGUUUGUGGCUCUUCCUCUGUAAGUAACAUCAAGUCAUCUCAAACAACCUCACAGCAACAGGGACUUGUACAUCCUUUUGGUGAAAGUUAUGAAGAAGCUCCAGAGGUGGAGUACACAGUGAAUAGGUGCCCAGCCUCCAGCAGCAGAGCCUGUGCACCUUCCUCUUCCGAAGCUAAUGUGCAUCUCCCUCAACAUCGGGUUUCACGUCCAGCAGAAGAUAAUUCUAGCAGCUCUUACAACCUGUUUAUUGAUAAGUUACAAAGGAUCACAAUUGUGGACCCGGGUGAAGGGCACUCAGAAGAGAGCAGGAGUGCUGAAAACUUGGCAAGGCUCCGUAGUGGGGCACAGAAGAAGCCUCAUUACAUGGAAGUGCUAGAAAUUCGAGCCAAAAACCCAGUGCCCCCAGCACAUAAAUUUAAAACUAAUGUAUUACCUUCGCAACAUAAUGAUGAAUCUGCAUCUAGCCAUUGGCAGAGAAGAGGGUCUCCCCUUUCCUCAGAAGAGAGGCGGCUCAGGGAUAAGCAGCAUCUCGAUGACAUCACAGCAGCUCGCCUUCUACCACUUCACCAUAUGCCCACCCAGCUGCUCUCCAUAGAAGAAUCUUUGGCACUUCAGAAACAGCAGAAACAGAGUUAUGAGGAGAUGCAAGCCAAACUCGCGGCACAAAAAUUAGCUGAAAGACUGAAUAUUAAGAUGCAGAGCUAUAAUCCAGAAGGGGAGACUUCGAGGAAGUAUCGAGAAGUAAGGGAUGAAGAUGAUCAGUCCUCUGAUGAUGAAUUCUGAAGAUGGGCAGUGGAAUCAUCACCUUAAUGUCUGCCUGUUGAGAUAUCAUGAUCUUACGUCAGACUUUUUACCAAGUAUCAAGAUCAGAGUCACAUUGUUGAGGGGAGUUUUACAAAGUUACACAAAGGUAGCUAUAAAAAUAGCCCAGUGUGUCUUUCAGAAGAUGACUUUCAUGUGCUUAGAAAGUUUAAAAUUUGAAUAUUAUGUUUAAUCAUAUUGUAUUAAAGUUUUGCAGUAUGUUGUGUGUUGGUCUGAUAUUUUAGUACUUAGUAGGCACAGUAUUUUUUUCCUCUAAGUCAAAUGAGGCAGGUAACUCCUCUUCCUUAUUCUUAUCUCAGUGGAAUAGCAUUUAUUACAUGUCUUUCAGUGAAAUAUUUGGUUGCCCCAGGCAUCACCUAAGAUGAAUUAGGAAGAUAAAGUUCCCUCCUCUUUUGAGUAAUGAAGGGAGCAGUCUAGAGAAUUUUGUGCAUGUUUGCAUGGGGUUAUUGAGGUAUUGGACACAUGCGAAGUACCUAGGAAGACACUCCUAGAAAAUUCUUAAAUAUUUGUCUCCUUCCGUCUUCCCUUAGGAAGAAUGCUAUCUUUCUUCUGAUUAGGAAUAAGGAGUACUUUUAGUUGAUGCUGGAGCUUGGAUGAUCUUUAGAUGAUCAGAUUUGCCUGGAGUAACACGAGUUGGAGGGAAAGUCUAGGGUGACUGUUGUAGGUGCAGGGAGUAGCUAUUCUUAGGCUUGACCUGACUUGAGGUCAUUACUCUCAGAGCUGACAGGUUCAUUUUGGUAAGGAAACCAUUUUUUUUUUUAAAGCUACAAUUGGAUUGUCAAUAUAUUGCCCCCUCCCCCGCCCAAAGAGGCAUAUAUAGGCUACAGAAAUCUCAAUCUCUUAUGUUAUUUGUGUUUAUGUAAUUUUAAAGGAUUAUGUAGUCAUUAUCAGACUUCUUUAAUAUGUUGGAGACUUCAAACAGUGUUGAAUAAUAAAAUAUUAAUUAGAGCAACUUUACAAUGUUAAUGGUGGUAUUUUACUGGUGCUUAAUUAAAUUUAUCUUACUUUAAAAGAGACUUUCAUAUAUCAAAUUUUCCUGCAAACACAUUUAGGAGUGAGAAGAAGGGCUCAGUUCUCUAGCAUGAACUUCCAAGAGCAGCUACAGCUUUCUAUGCCCCUGCCACCCCAGCCCCCCCACCCCCCCAUGUAAAGAUAUACUGAGCUAACAAAUUAAUUAUUUGUACUUUUAAAAACUGAUAGUAAAUGUAUUUCACAACAUAAAAUUAUUCCUUAGAGGAUAAAAGGAUACAUUCUGGAAAGCCAAGUAAUAUGGAAGGGCUCAAAUGCAUGUACACAUGGUCCCUUGUAGUCGGAUCACCCAGAGAACACCUGUAUUAAGGUUUGGGUAUAUGUACUUCACAUAUUUUUUGUUUCUAUUUUCAAUAAUGCAAUCAUACUAUAUAUUGUUUCAUAGCCUGCUCUAUGUGUCCUAAACAUUUUCCCAUAAUAGAUAAUUUGCAUUUUAGAUAGCUACAGAAUAUUCUAUUUAAUGGGUGUGCCAGAACUUUUAAAAUCAACUUAUUGUUUAAUAAUUUGUUAGUUACAGUGUAAACUGUAAACAACAAUGAGAUUAACAUCUUAAAGUCACGUUUGUCCAAAAAAUUAUUUCUGGAAGAUAGCCUUCUAGAAGUGAAAUCGCUAGUUGGAAGUAUAGGUAAGUUUUUGAGAUUCUCGAUAGACCUCACCCACCACAAAGAUGGAGUCCCUUUAUAUUCCUCCUAGCAAUAUUGAACUCCUGAACUGAAAAUUGCUAUUCAAAGUGUUUGCAAAUCAGUUACAAGAAAGGAUUAUUUUUUAAAUUUAUAUUUCUUUGAUUGCUUAAUGAUGUUUUUUCCUGUUUAUUGAUCACUUAAUGUUCAUUCUUUUGAGCGUUGCUUAUUCAUAUUUUAACUAUUUUCUUGGAGAGUGCUGUUUUUAUUGGUCUAUAAAUUCUUGAUGAAUUAA